UAUGCAAGUCAGCAUGUAGCCUGGUGACAUUAGUGUCGCCAAGGGGCUGGAACUUUGAAGGAUCGUAGCAGCUGCUCGAUGAGGGUACAGUCUUCGAUAAUGGACCUCUUUGAUAUUUAGUGUCGUCAUUCGGACAACCUGAUAUCUCAAAACUCUGGCUUCGACUUCUGGCUCGUCUUUCAGAAGCAACACAGCCAGCGAUGUCGAAGAAGAGAUAAAUAAGGUCUUUCUUUACGAUCUCUGACCCAAUUACGCAUCACUGAAUAGCAUGAGAGGAUCCUCCACAAGUCCCGAGAAAUUACUCUGACAUGGCGGCUGCCCAUACCUUGAGUAUGGACUGGUCUUCUUGGCUCUCCGGCAGUCCGGAUUGGGCCGGCACCGUGUCCUCUAUCUACGACAGAGCAAAACACUCGGAAACCCCUAACAUCACUGUAUUUCUGCCAUAUCGUUGGAAUCAAUCAUCAUCGGCCUUUGAUGCACAGAAAGACUGCUAUGACACGAAAUCUCUGUUCGGUUUCUCUACGACGGGACGUGGUCCUACCACAGCAAACUUAUACGGGUGCGCCGCCAUUGCGACUUCGGCAUACCUUGUGCAAAAUGAGAACUUCGUCGUCGAUAAGAGCGUCAACGAAACGAUCUCGAGAGUGAACUUGGACUCUCUAAAGGAUUUCAAUGCCACGCGGGUUUUCGAGCAGAUUGCUGGCUGUAUCGAAAAGUCCUGCAUCGGAGGAAACCCUUUGGGAGAAUGCGACCCCGGCGUCGCGAAGCUCACGCAGAGCCAAGUGAAGGCUGAUGAACUGGAUAAAGUCUUGGAACCCCUCGAGGACUUGUGCUCCGUCCUAUCAAAAGGACCGGAAGCUGACAUUGCUGGGCCUGGUAUUGCAGUUUCCUACUACAUACAAGUCGCAUUGAGUAUCUGGUUCUUCAUCUUCUGCGGUCUACUUCCCCACCAACCCGACUCUUCCAUCUUCUUCGGCACGUUGCUUGCUUUCAGGUGGGUUUUCAGGCUUUUCCGCAAGCGCUCAGAGACCGAGAUGGACCGCCUGCGCUCGACCCUGGCGCACCUACGCUCAACCCGUUUCUCCGUCGCCUUGUGCUCAACCAUGAUUGAGUUCCAAGAGACACAGGCCUUUUUCGUCAUGGCCAUUGAGACGGCGACCCUGACUAUGGUUAUCAUGAAUAGCCAGUCCCUUGCCAUUCGAGUUGAUGUCGGUGCCGCCAAAGUCUUUGCGAGCUCCAACACGUUGCUGGUCCUCAUCACGCAGGCCAUCAUGCAGCGCAGAGGCAUGUACUGGUGGUACACGUUUAUACUCACAGCCAUUGUGUAUGUUCUAUGCGCCAUCAUUCAGAUGCUCAGCCUUCCGACGCCGUCAAAUCUCUCGAACCCGUCCCCGGAAUACGCAACCUGUGGCGGAAGGCACAGUAUCUUGCAAACAUGUCUGCAAGCUGAAUACAGCGAUUACUACAUUUAUGGCGGCUAUUUACAACCGAGUGAUCAAACCAUUCAGUUCUUCAUCUAUACAUCAAUCAUGGUCUUUCUGACGGCGGAUCAUCUGGGCCACCUCCCUCGGCUCCGCAGAAUGAUGGCCUCGGCAAAUCAAGGUCUAAAAGGGCGUAAGAUCCAGACACCCGCUUGGGUUCUCAAGACUUUGUCCGUCCUGGGAAAGAUCCUGUGGUUUCUCCUGGUGGCUCUCAUGGCUUAUACUCUUCUGGUCAACAUUGUUCAGGUACAUAGCUUCGUUCGUGAAACAAUGCGCAGCAAAGAGCAGUGGACUUUUGGCCAGGUUGUUGCGGUGCUGGUCUGGGCACCAGUACUAUCAAAGUACAUCUACUACAACAUCUUCGGCAUCGAGCUCGGCGUUGGCAAGCGGAUAGACGACCAGUACAAGGUUGUGCUCAACGAGGAGAAGACACCAUCAACGCCUCCUAGAGCACAAGGACGCUUCGAUUCUUCGAGGAGCUUGGUGGAUGAAAGUAGUUACAUCAGCUUGAGCACUAUUGGUGAUGGUCAUGAAGAUCAGAGACCCGCGAGGAUAGAGACAAGGUCGUUCUCAGGCGGGGUGAAGCGCAAACCAUUGCCACCUAGGACCGACGGCGAGUUGCCCAGAUGAGGUGCGUGGGGCUGGAAACACAGAGGGCGGAUUGUAACUUCACUUCAUAAUAAUUAAAG